CACUAAGUCUCAGGGUAAUUAGCUGUCGUGGAUGGCAGUUGAUCUCUAAGUCCAUUGCAUUCUUGCUAUGGCGAGCAAAGACCCUCCUCCAACCGCAGAGGAGAAGUCACGGUAUGAGAAGGUGAAAGAUGAACUUGUGAAGAUGAUUCAGAAGAAAAGGGCCGCAGACAGGCAACUUGCACAAACUGAAGUUUUGAUACAUACGCUCGAAACUUCUUAUCUCGCCGAAACCGCCACUACGGGUAAUAUCAUUCAUGGAUUCGACGGGUAUCUUAAACCCACCCAGGGUGCUGCUGCCCGUAGAAAGCAUGAUGUCGGGGAUGGAGACAGGUGGUUCUCAACAAGUAGUGGGACAUGGCAAAAGUCCCUGGAUCUUCUCGGAGAAGGCGAAGAUUCAACACCUGUGCCUGAUGAUAUGAGGCUUCAAACAACACCAGGACUGACCACUGUUGUCGUGCCUCCGGCUCCACGCACGCAAGAGUUAAGUGCUGCACAGCAGAAAAAGAACCGUGACAGAGAAUAUCAGCGACGCAAACGCGCCAUGCGACGAAGCGCAGGUACCGUCAGCGACGAAGACUCGCAGAGUGUUGGUGCAGGAAGGCGGCCAACGAAACGCGCGAGGAUAGCGGACGACGAUUGAGUUGAGGAAACCGCGGUAUGUCUCUGUAUCGUCGUCGUCUUGUUAGUUGUACAAUAUACUUUUACUGUCGUUACCUGUGCAACAGGGACCUCUUAAGAGUUUGAAACAC